AUGGCUGGCGUACCGUAUAAAACGGAGAAACCUAUUACUCUUGACAACACCGAGUAUCGCAUUCGUAUUACUCUCACUUCUCAAAACGUGCGGUCGUUGGAGAAAGUUUGUGAGCAGCUUAUCAAUGGAGCAAAAGAAAAGAAUCUUUUCAUGAAAGGACCAAUUCGCAUGCCCACGAAAGUACUUCGUAUCACAACACGUAAAACACCGUGUGGUGAAGGCUCAAAAACUUGGGAUCGGUUCCAGAUGCGGAUCCAUAAACGUUUGAUCAACAUGCAUAGUCCGAGUGAUGUGUUGAAACAAAUUACAAGCAUUUCGAUCGAACCUGGUGUUGAUGUAGAAGUUACUAUCAAGCAUUCCUAA